UAUUGUUACUUAUUCAAGUUACUGUUACAUAUUAACGUCCUUUGCCCUCCUUUUUAUUUGUAUUUAAUUACGUAUUAUAACAACCAUUUUUGACGUUUCAAUAUUUCUAAUGUACUGUGUACUACUACUACUACUACUAUCGGGACAAGCAGUACAUUCGGUUUGAUGUAACAUCAGUUGUUCAGCUGAUGCUAGAGAACAAGAGAAACCAUCAUACAUGUCCAAUACUUCUGUAGAAGCUAGUACAUGCUGUUAAGUAAAAUUUAAAAUUUUCAGUGAACUUUUAUUUUCCAGUACUAGUUCCAAAUGUUCAUCAGUCAGUAGCAUGGAAGAUGCAAAAAAGCCAGUUGUUGAAUUAGAACAAACUUUAAGUGAUAAUGACUUGUUGUGGUAUUGGCAAAAGUUGUGGUUUUCUAAGGAACAACCAUUGCUAGACAAGUUAAGCAUGAGUGCACACACUGCUGAUGUUUGGAGAUCUUUGAUCAAUCAAAUUGAUUUUGCAUGGCAAAACAAAAGAAUUUCGUCAGCUUGUGCUGGAAUUCUUUUUAGAGAUUACCUGGAAAAGUAUACUGAAACUGUAGAUGAUCAAAAUGGAUUGAACAACUUUGCUGAAGGUGCCCUAGCUUUAGUUGCUCAGAAAAAGAUAGAUGGAAAGCUGUGGAAAUCAUCCUUGGAAAUAUUAUCUGAUAAUAAACUUCAAGAGUUAAUAAAAACAUUAUCAUCUCCAUCUCAGAGGCCUUCAGAGUAUGACUUAUCACAAUUAGCAAAUGCUUUUGCCAGACGCCAGAUACUAGAAUCAGGGAAAGAGCAUUUCCUGAAAGAGACUGUAUUUUAUUCUGCAUCAUCAAGAAACUUCUCUGAAUCAUUAACUAAACCAGGUAUGAAUGCAACUGAAGAAUGUUAUCAUGGUGCAAGCAGUGCUGAAAGUCAUUCUCUAGAAACACAUUUUAUCCAUCAGUUUAAAAUUGAUCAAGAAUCUGCAUCCAGUCAGAAUUUUGUAAGUCAGAAAAACAACUAUUCUAAACAAGUUGACAUUAACCAUUGUAGUGAAAAAGCUCUGCUGCCAGAAAAGCGGAAAACAGUUAAACAAGGAUGGAAGCAGCUUCCUUCUGGUAUUGAAUCUACACAUUGCAUCUCAUCAAAGGCUGAUAGCUUAGGAGGAUGCAGUUCUGGGAUUAUUGGUAGUCUGAAACAAAAAGAAUCAGAUCAUAUGCAUGUUGAAGACCUUCCAGAAUCUCAAGAAGUGUCUUAUUCCUUCAGAACAGCAAGAGUACAGUUGGAUAUUGAUAAUCACAAGAAGUUUAACACUCGCUACAAAAGUAAAGGAUAUUCUUCCUCAGAAUAUGGUGUGUCUCGCAAAGUACUUGGCUCAAGCCGAGGCCCAGCUAGUAAAUUUGUUCCUCCAGUAACCAGUAAAAGCACUUCAGAAGAGAAUGAAAAAUGUUCACUUCUUCAAAACCUCCCAGGUGGAAAUCCCUCUUCAGUUAAUAUUACAGACGAAAGAUUAAAGAAUAUUGAUCCCAAAAUGAUAGAGAUUAUGAUGAAUGAGAUAAUGGACCAUGGCCCACCUGUCACCUGGGAUGAUAUAGCUGGUUUAGAAUUUGCUAAGAAGACUAUUAUGGAGAUUGUAGUCUGGCCUAUGCUUAGACCUGAUAUUUUUACAGGACUAAGAGGCCCACCAAAAGGAAUUCUGUUAUUUGGGCCACCUGGUACUGGCAAAACUUUGAUAGGUAAAUGUAUAGCUAGUCAAUCAAAGGCAACGUUUUUCUCCAUCAGUGCAUCUUCUCUCACUUCAAAGUGGGUGGGUGAGGGAGAGAAAUUAGUGAGAGCAUUGUUUGCAGUUUCUCGAUGUUAUCAGCCUUCAGUAAUUUUUAUUGAUGAAAUUGAUUCACUGCUGACUCAAAGAUCUAAUACAGAACACGAAUCAUCAAGGCGUAUAAAAACUGAAUUAUUAGUUCAGUUGGAUGGGAUAACUACUUCAACAGAUGAAAGGUUGUUGAUAGUUGGAGCUACAAACAGACCACAAGAACUGGAUGAAGCAGCACGACGAAGAUUGGUGAAGAGAUUAUACAUUCCACUCCCUGAGUCUGCAGCGAGGUGCCAUAUUAUUACCAGACUUCUGUCUUAUCACAAUCAUUCUCUAUCUGAUGAUGAUCUUGAUCUGAUAUGUCAGAAAACUGAAGGAUAUUCUGGAGCAGAUAUGACAAAUUUAUGUAAAGAAGCAUCUCUUGGACCUAUUCGGAGUCUAGAUACUUCUCAAAUACAGUGUAUCUCACCAAAUCAAGUUAGACCAAUAAAUCUUGAAGAUUUUUUUCAUGCUCUAAAGCAAGUGCGAGCUAGUGUCUCAGACAAAGAUAUGGACACUUACCUUAACUGGAAUGAAAAAUAUGGUAGUGGAGCUGUGUAGAUUGGUAUUAAAAAAACAUUUUCAUUUAAAUUUUUUAAAUGACCCCUUGUGAUUCAAUGUGGAAUAUAAGGGCUUAUAACAUUAAUGUUUGUAUGGUGGGCACAGCACUCUUAGCCAGUUGUGUAGCUUUUUUCUUAAUAAUAAACAAAAUGUACUGAAAUAAAAUUUGUAUAUUAUUUGUUGAAAGUUUCAAUAAAAAUUGCAUUGGAUAUAACUAGAAUUCAUUAUUCUGGGGGCUUGAUUGUUGUAAAGAGACUACAAAUUAUAAUUUGAUUGAGUACAUGAUAUAUACUGAAUUGGCUUAGCACUAAGAUGAUUUAACUACAAGAUUUAAAUUCUUACAAGAGUUUACCUUUAAGUCUAAGACUAAAUUUAACUUGAUUGAAUUAAAAUAUGAUGUAAAGUUUUGAUUUUUUUAUUAAAUAGUAAAGCAGUAAAUGUUUACUACAGAAAACUAUAAAAAGUUUAUAUUUUUAGAAAAAGCUUCAUAUUUGUAAUACUUGGCAUGUAAAAAGUGUACAGUUUAUAUAGUAAGCGACAGAUGGCAGCAAAUUUUUUGUUGUUAUUUUGUUUGAUUUUUGUAGUCUUUUCAACAAACAAAUCGGACAGAUUAAGCAUAUAAUUUGAUCAGUGUAAAUGAGAAUAAUUCUACUUGACUUUGAAAUUCCUGUUUAGGGCAGAUGAAGAAUAUUACAUCAAUGAAAACCUUAAGUUUGUGUAAUUGAGAGUUUUUAAUUGUCAUUCUGAGCUUUUUUUACGCAUAUUGUAAUAAAUGUUUCCUAAACAAACUAAUGCACGUCAUUUAUUGAACACUUGAAUUAAUGUUUAGAAUCAUCACACACGUUAAAUACAAAUUAGUUUCAACUGAUAUGAGGAAUAAUACUAUCCAUCCCUGUUUACCUAGUAGCUGGUUUUAAAUUUAAUUUUUUUUAUAUACUAAUUGACAUUAAGAAAGUUAAUAUAAAGUGUUAUGGACCCAUAUUAUCAAUAAACUUUUUUAUAGCCAAAAAAUGUGGGACCUUAGUUUUUACAUUUUAAAUAUUAAACUUGCUCUUAUAUUUUAUUGUCAGUGUUUCAGGAGUCAUUAACUAGGAAAAUGCCAUCUACUCUUCUUAAAGAGAGAUGAAGUUCUUUUCUGUCUUAAUUCUUGUUGUUUCUUGAAGAAGACUUCUUAUUGAGAUGUUUAAGAUCUAGAUAUAAAAUAUGCACUGUUUAAAUGUGAUA